CAAGUCACUGCAGCCUCAGGUGGCAGGCCCUGUUUUACCAGGCGUCGCUCUCGCCUCCACCCACAGUCAAACGCCAAGAAAGUUAUGUGUCGAGGAAAAAAAGAAGUCGGAGAGGACGUUGGUCUACAAUUACCUGGAGUCCAUUUUUAAAAACUUUCAAUUUUGCAAAAUUCUACAUGGCACUUUACAAAGAAGACAGUCAGGAGGACGCGCUAGAAUGCCCAGUGUGCUAUGAGAGUCUCUCUGGCACUGAGCGCACUUUGAGCUGCGGUCAUGUAUUCUGCCACGACUGCCUGGUCAAAACGCUGGUCAGCAUCAACAGCGAUGGAAACAUCCGAGACACGAUCGUUUGCCCCAUCUGCAGACAUCUUACAUUCAUCAAGAGACAAAAGGAAGCGCUGGUGUCGCUCGCAGCGGACAAGGAUCUGCAUGAAGGGCAAACUCUGGAGGUACCUCUUCCUCUGCCACUGGGGCAGCUCCAGAGCGCACGGCGCGCCUCCAUGGAGAGCGCACUGAGUGGAGUAAACUGGGUUGCUCGCGUUGCUCGCUGCUGCAGGGGCAUCUCUCAGCGAGUCCGCCGACAGAGGUUAAUCAGCCCCGGCCAUAAUGCAUCUCAGAUCUUCAUCAUAAGCGCUCAGGGGCGACCUAUGGCUGAAGAAGAUGCGCUUAGUGUUGUGAUGACUGUGGUUCAGCCCCAGCGCAGGCGAAGACGCAGGAUUUGUACAACAGCACGAUGCUUGCUCGUCUUGCUCUCGGCAUUUACUGUCCUGGCACUGGUGGCAGCAACUUUACCGUGGAUUUUGUUGGCGUAGCACCUUGAUAAAGAUGUCUGAAUUUAAGUGCCAGUAAGGACAUGAUCAAGUGACAUUUAAAGACAGAGAGAAGUCCGCGUAAUGUUACCCAUCAGCUAAGGAAAAUGUGUGAAGUAGUUUAUUAGUCUGACUGAAAAAUUACAAGUGCAAUCGUUCCAAUGAAAAUGUACAAUUCAGUAAAUACAUGAAGAUCUACUUUAGUUUUUAAAGAUGUGAUCAGGUGUCGUUUCUUUCCUUGAUUCUGUGGCAAAGUGAGGGAGUUUAUACGCAUGCCCUUGUCCUUUUAUGAGUAUUACCAAGCAACAGUGUAAAGCAAAGGUUAGGAAAGCCGUGACAGCACUCUUUUGUUUUGCAUUCCUGUCUUUGACAUGUUCGACCUGUUUUAUGAGAAGCACGCUUGUGGAAAAAAAUUAACCAAUUUCAACAUAUACAGAAGUUGUUGAAUACAAUGAAGGUGUAAAUUAUAUAGUCAUAAUUUAACAAUUAAAACCAUUUGUUAGGAAUUCAAUAAAAGCUGUCUAACCCAACUUAA